AUGGAGACCGAAUCCCCUGUCUUCCGCUAUGAUGAGAAGAAGUCCGAUGUUGAGGAACAUGUCUAUCCCUCUGAGGGGGAGAUUACGGACGUCGAGCUCGAGGAGUUGACGGCCUUGGUCAAAGAAACCAUCUCCGAGCACGAGAUGGACGGAAAUUUCCCUCAAGAGAUGUUGGAUGAGGCACGAGAGUUCCUGGCUAAGGACCCCAAGCAAAUUACUGCGUUGGAGGCCCAGUCGCUGCUUCAUGAUAUCCGCAAGCAGCGUGAUCUCUUGCUGAAUGACUCGCCCUAUCCUGAAGUCCGAGCUGUCGUUGACCCCGUCGAUGAUCCCGAGGUUUCGGCUAGCACCUUUCGUUCUUGGUUCAUCGGCCUGGCUCUCACCGUCGUCUUCACCGGUGUCAACCAGCUGUUUACUCUUCGAUACCCGACUAUCAUCCUCUAUUCUUAUGUCUCGCAGGUCGUGUCUUACCCUAUCGGUGUUUUCAUGGCGAAGGUCUUGCCUACUCGCCAAUUCUCUCUGUUAGGCUGGCGUUUCUCGUUCAAUCCCGGUCCCUUUAAUCAGAAGGAGCAUAUGCUGAUCACCGUCAUGGCCAAUGUUGGAUACGGAGGCUACAUGGGAACCGCAUAUACAACCAACAUCUUCACCGUGCUGAAAGUGAAGAAGUGGUAUGAUGACACCACUCUAUACAACAAGGCUGGUUUCCAGAUCCUGUUGACACUCUCGACCCAGUUCCUGGGGUACGGAUGUGCGGGUCUGGUGCGUCGCUUCUUGGUCUUGCCUCCCUCUAUGAUCUUCCCCAAGGCCUUGGCGACAAUCGCCCUGAACAAGGCUUUGCACAGUGACGAUAGAGGCGAAGUCGUGCACGGAUGGACUAUUUCUCGUUAUCGAUUCUUCCUAUACACUUUCAGCGCAAUGUUUGUUUGGUAUUGGUUCCCUGGAUAUAUCUUCCAGGCUCUCUCCUACUUCAAUUGGAUGACCUGGAUUGCUCCGGAGAAUACCACCUUGGCUGCGAUCACGGGAAGUAUUACUGGGCUGGGAAUCAACCCGUGGCCUACAUUUGAUUGGAAUUUGGCCUCCGUCCUAUACGAUCCCAUCAUUACCCCCUACUAUGCCAUGUGCACCAUCACCUUGGGAACCAUCUUCUUCUGUGUCUGCGUGAUCGUCCCCAUUUGGUGGACCAACGUCUGGCAGACCGGAUACUUCCCCAUCAUGAGCAAUUCUCUAUUCGAUAACACUGGCGCCACCUAUAAUGUUUCAAAGAUCAUGAUCAAUGGUGCUUUCAGUGCCGAGGCAUAUGAAGCCUAUAGUCCCCCCUACAUGACUGCCUCUUAUGCUGUCAUGUUCUUCUGCUUCUUUGGGGCCUACAUGGCUGGUGUUGUUCACAUCAUCCUCUACAACCGUUCUGAGCUGAGCAAGGGAUUCAAGGCCUUGUUGCAAUGGAGGAACGCUCGCGAUGACCACGAAGAUGUCCACAACCGUCUGAUGAAAAGGUACAAGGAUGCCCCAGACUGGUGGUAUCUGAUAAUUUUAGCCCUUUGCUUCAUCAUUGGGUGUGUUGUCGCCCAUGUUUAUACCCCCGGAUUCCCCAUCUGGGGCAUGGUUGUCAGUUUGUUGUUGUGUCUCAUCUUGCAAGUCCCCUACGGCAUGGUGUACGCCAUUACCAACGCCGAAGUGACCAACAACGUGCUCGCCGAGUUGAUUGCUGGUUACGCACUUCCCAAUCAGCCCAUCGCCAACAUGAUUUUCAAGACUUACGGGGUCGUGUCCUGUGCCCAGGCUAUCCAAUUCGUCUGUGAUUUGAAGAUGGGCCACUACAUGAAGAUUGCCCCUCGCGUCAUGUUUAGUGCUCAGUGCAUUGCCACCGUGGUCGCUGCCUUCGUUAGUAUCGGAGUGAACGCUUGGGCGCUGGCUAACAUCCCCAACGUCUGCGAGACCGGUCAAGCAUCCGGAUUCAACUGCGAGGGUUAUACUACCUUCUUCACUUCCUCCGUGAUCUGGGGUGCCAUUGGACCCAAGAGACUCUUCGCCGAGGGAAUGAUGUACAACGCCACCUUGUACGGAUUCCUGUGUGGCUCACUCCUGCCUGUGCCGUUCUACUUGCUGUCCAAGUACUACCCCAAGUCUGGUUUCCGUUACAUCUACUCGCCCCUGUUACUGUACGGAAUGAUGAACUUUGCCCCUUACAACUUGACAUAUGCCGUCGCUCCCCUGAUUGUGGGUACCGUUUUCAACUUCUACAUCAAGCGUCAUUAUCUUGCUUGGUGGGAAAAGUACGCUUACGUGCUUACUUCCUCAUUUGGAGCUGCUCUGGCUAUUUCCGCGGUGAUCAUCUUCUUUGCCGUCGAAUAUCACGCUGUUGAUAUCAACUGGUGGGGCAAUUCGGUUUCGUUCGCUGGAUGUGAUGAUUCUGGUUGCACAUUGCGUCCUGUUCCAGCUACAGGAGUUCCAGCAUGA